UUCUGGAAAUAUGUCGACAUUGUAUAUUAGGCUAGUGUAUACUUGGAAAUCAGUAUUUAUACUUGAUAAACAGAGUUGUGUGAGAUGGACGGUCAUUUGCUUGCUAGCUUUACAGAAGACGUUUAUGAAAGAGAUUUAGUUAAUAGUAACGGGGAUGAAGAUAACUAUUAUGAAUGGCAAGCCCCAUUAUGAAUUUCAAAGGCUGCCAGAUAAAAUUUGCGAUGACCCCUUGCGUGGUCAAGGGGAUUAUUCAAAGUCCAAAUGUCUAAUGGCCGAGGGAAUUUUGUCAUCUUCGUUCAAUAUCAUAAAUGGACCAAACGAAAGUAAGACCGUGGCCGUAAUAGAAAAAAAUGAAAGCAUUCAAAAGUGUAAGGAAUGUAGUACAGAUAAAGACGAUGAGAGAGAGCCAGCUUAUUACUGUGCAAAGGAUAUGGUGAUUCAGAUUGGAACCACUUGUUCACUUUUACAGACAGGAUGGUAUUACGAAAAUUUCACGAGUCAGGAGGCCAAAAAUUUAUUACGAAAGGAACCAGUCGGGACAUUUUUAAUCAGGGACAGUUCUGAUCCAAAAUACUUAUAUUCUCUUAGUGUCAAAACGUCUCGGGGGACUACAAGCGUUCGGAUUCUUUAUCAUAAGGGACAGUUUCAGUUGGACAGUGACGAACGGAUUAGUGCAAAAAUGCCCAAAUUUGACAGUGCGGUACGUUUGGUGGAUUUUUAUGCGCGUUUGACCAGUAUGGGGAAAAGUUAUGUAUGUCGAUGGCUGGAGAGCUCGGGGAGAAAGGAUUUACCAAUAGUAUUGCAAAAACCUAAAGCCAAUUGCGUGGUGGAUUUAAAACAAUUGUGUCGUUUAUCAGUAAACAGGAGUUUACCAAAAACUUUAAGUAGAUCAAAAGUGUUGAGUUAUAUGGAUAAAUUACCCGUUCCUAAGCCAAUCAAGAACUAUCUGAAGGAAUAUCCUUACAUACAUUGACUGUAGUGACUCAUUUCUAAAAAUAACCGGGUAAUGUUCGUAUAUAAUGGCAGCUCCAAUGUUUUCAUAUGCAUUGGUAAAAUAUAAGACACUAACUACCUCGAUAUUUGUGUAGCAGUAUUUAUUUAAGUUAUUUAUUUGAUUUUUUGUUCAUUUAUGUUAUAAAUUUGGGUGCUAUUGAUGAUUUUUUUUUUUUGUGUGGGUUAACCAUACUUGUUGAAAUGAAAUAAUUAAACU